GAGACGUGUGCGAGACGGCCUCGCACUCAGUGUCCCGCCAUGUUUUUCACUAGCUGGGUUGUGUAGAGAAGGCCGGGGUGGAAAUCAUCUUUCUCGGGGCAUGCAGAGUCAAAAUGGGAAGGAAACAAUUCUUCUCGUUUUGUAUUGAGGCCUGUCAUUCUUGCGACGACAACGAAUCCCAAACCAUUCAAGCGUCAAAAAGAAAAGCCUCGGAUUAAAGGAAACAUCACAAGUAUAAAGUACUUGUACUUACCCAGCCAGCAAUCAUAAAGAAAAAAAGGAGGAAAAAAAAAGAAGAAAAAAAAAAUACGAAACCGAAAACAGCUAGCAAUACAUGCAUGUAUAUGUGUGUGUAUAUAUAGGACCGACAAAACUCACUCGUAUAUCUAUAUACACACACAUAUAUCAACGAAACUGCUCUACACAGGCAUCGUAAACGAAAAAGUGGAACCUUGGUGGCAGAAAAGGAAGAAGCAAAAAAGUAAGGAAAUACAUUCAAGUCGCAAGGAAACGAGACAGCCUACAAUAACAUGCAGCCAGAUGAGAAAAUGAUUUAACAAGUAAAAGGGGGAAGAUGAUCAAGCCGGAGACGAGAAAAGUGCGGCAAGCUCUCGGUGGGCCAAGGAGGCGACCAGCUUAUCGGAACAGUGCGGAGAUAUGAGAAACCCGGGGUUGCACCUGGUCGGGAUAGCGGCGUCCCCAGGCGGCGGAGGCCUCUUCCGCACCAGGGCCGAGGAGGAGUUGCGCCAGUGGUUGGAGCAGCGCCUGGACGCUUUGGGGAUCGACCCGGUUGCGUACUCGCGCUUCGUUCUCAGCUUUUUGCGUCACCCUGACUCGGCCCUCACUCCACCCCUCGAUGCAUCAGCCGGUGACAUCAAUUACAAAGGAACAACAACAACAGCUAACAAUACAAACGUUGCUGCCGCUGCCAACGGGCGUCGCUCAAAAGCCGCUAGGGCCCGCUCCUCCAAACUGCCACUACAGGGCGACAAGGAGCAACGUCGUGCCGUCGUCCAAUGCCUUAAAAGUGCUGCUGAUCAGAAGUGCGGAGUCGAGACUUUGGUGGACGAGCUUUGCGCCAAACUGAAAGAUCUCGAGGGUGGCAACUCCAAAGGUCAACAGGAAGAAUCGGAAACUGCCACUGAUACCGAGCCAAGGGUACCCUUCGAGACUCUCACUCCUCACGACCGGGCUUUGAGAUACUACGCGGCAUUCCCGGCCCUGCAACCGGUUGUUACCACUCCCAAGAAACUUCCUCACUGGUACAAAGAACCCAACUUGGAGAAUCACGACGCAAACAACGCCAACAACAAUAACUAUUACUGUAACAACAACAACAACAACAACAACAACAACAACAACAACAACAACAACAACAACAACAACAACAACAAAACUCGUCAGAAGAGAAACAAGCUUUCUAUGCCUGCUGAACUACCAUUGAGAAGAGAAAACGAAGAUUUGGCGUUUGACGAAACGAUGGAGCAAAAACACAAUGAACAAGAACAGAUGAAUGCCCCCUACGAGUUGCAAUUGGCCCAGUUGGAAGCCAAGUUCGAUCAGAGCUUGGAGGCGCUGUGGGACGACGGGCCCGGGAUCUCUCGAGACACCGACUCUAUAUGGAAAGCCCCAUCGCUGUCCAUAUUUUCCGGGCCCUCUUGGCCCAUAAAAAACGUCAGUGACGCGUCAUUUCCGUCUGUAACGUUAGAAAAAUGCGUCCUGGAAAGUCCGCUCUAUCAAACGCUGCAGCAACACGUUGAAGACUCGCCGCUUAUCCCGUUGGACAUUCAUCUGUUUAACAUCGAAGAUCGCUCGCACGAUUCACCUGAUAUCAAAAGUACCUCACAAACGAAUCUAUUUUUGCCCGACUCGGUUAAGGAUAAUUCUUGGUAUUGGGGUGACUUGAGCCGCGAGAGUCCCCGAAAAACCGGCUUUUUCCCAGUCAUUCCGUGCAAAAGUCCCGCAAUUGCCGACAAAGAUCAUCGGUCCCCAUCGAUCAAUCUACAAAAGCUCACCAGCUUACCGGAGCCAGACGAAGACUUGCUAACCUCAGCCCGCACACAUUUUCGCCCGAUCAAAGAGGACGGCAACUGGACCGACGGCACCACGUUUCCCGUGAACAAUGCUCUGGAACGAGUCGCUUAUCGCAGGUCAGACUCGGGAAAUUUGUUAUACCUUCCCGACGGCGAGAGCCCGUACAUGGAAUAUCGAGAGAAUCUGAGCGCACCGAUCGCCGUAGCUGUACCCUCGAACCUGACCCUGAAAUUUAGGGUUCGCCAGUGCGACAAGGGCAUACAGACCGAGCCCGUUCGUUCUCCGAUCAAACGUCGAAUCUUGUCUGAGAAAGAUCGCUUGUAUUACUCGUUGAAUACCGACGGGGACAUUAUUCAUGCGAACGAUAGCGACGAUGUUGAAAAGGAUUCCUUUGAUCUGGAACAAACGAAUUGGGCCGAUCAGCCCGUAAUGCUUCUACGAAACGAAAGGAAAAGAAGGCACAGCAGCAGUUUCAAGGCUAGACCGCUGGCAGUGUUGCGUCCGUUGACACUUUAAAGUUGAAUAACGUGGUCUUGUGGAGGACGUGAUCCACUGUAAGGAAGAGGCAAAUUAUUUUGUUUUUAGUUUAGUUAUUUAUCGCCGCGAAUCGCUAAAUACAAUUAAUUUUAAAG